AUAGAAAUUAGUAGAUCUGUGGUUUAAAAUGUUUGAAUAAAAAAACAUUACAACUUUUGAACAUUCCUUUUGCUUGUAUUACUUGAGAACCAAUAAUGGAAAAAAUACGAGGCAUUCAAGUAAAUAAGUUGAAUAAGAGUUGUGAGAAUUUGGAAGAAUUAUCAAAAGAGCAACUGAUAUCUCAGAUAAAAAGUCUGCAAGCUCAUAAUUUGCAGCUGAAAAGUAUUUUAUCGAAAAGUUUAAAUCGUAAUGAAGUCUCUAGUCCAAAGAAACAAAAACCUUUUGAUUUCACGAAGUGUUCUACUAGGCAUAUCCUGCUGAAAUUUUUUUAUUUAGGGUGGGAUUACCAGGGCUUUGCCACCCAGGAAAAUACAAAUGAUACUAUUGAAUAUCAUUUAUUCAAAGCAUUAGAAAGGACCUGUCUCAUUAAAGAUAGAGCUUCUUCGAAUUACCAUAGGUGUGGUAGAACAGACAAAGGCGUCAGUUCUUUUGGGCAGGUGAUUUCUAUAACUGUAAGAAGUAAACUGAGUGAAGAUCAAAUGGACAAAAUUGAAGAGGAAAUCAAUUACUGUCAAGUUCUCAACAGAGUGCUGCCAAAAGAAAUCCAAUGUAUAGCAUGGAGGCCAGUUUCUGAAGGAUUCAGUGCAAGAUUUGAUUGUAAAAGUCGGACAUAUAAAUAUUUUUUCCCAAUGGGAAAACUGAAUAUAGAAAACAUGCGGAAAGCAUCUGCUUAUUGUUUAGGAACUCACGAUUUCAGGAAUUUAUGUAAAAUGGACGUUGGAAAUGGUGUUGUAGAAUUUGAAAGGACCAUAGUGGAGGUUAUAAUUGAACCAGUACUCCCCAAUCAAUCGUUAGAUGGUAAUUAUAUUAAUAUUAAAUUAUUAUAUAUACAUGUUUUUUUUUAUGUAGAAUAUAGUAUGUUUGUUCUGACCAUAAAAAGUGGAGGAUUCUUAUGGCAUCAAAUAAGGUGUAUGCUGGGAAUACUAUUCUUAGUUGGUCAGAAUAAGGAACCACCAGAAAUUAUUCAGGAACUUCUGAAUGUGGAGAAAAACCCUUGUAAACCAGAUUACAACAUGGCUAGUGAAAUUCCGUUGAAUUUAUAUUCUGCGGACUAUAUCUUGGAAUCUGACUGGUACUGUGAAGAAGAAAAUCUGACCACAGUUGUGGAGGAAUUGAGAAAAAUGUGGACUCUUAACUCAAUAAAAUCCGAUAUGAUGAGGACUAUGAUAAAUGAUUUAAGCAAGGAACUAAAACAACCCAAUAUCAAAUGCUUAUCUGAAAGUCUCAUUCAAGGAAUUAGAUCAAAAGAAUAUCUUCCUGUGAUGAAAAGAAAAAAAUGUGAUAGUUUAGAGAAGAAAAUAGCCCAUUACCUCAAAAGAAGUAGAAUAACCAUCAAAGAUGAGGAGAAAACAGACUUGUAGACAUUUAUCUAUGCUAAUAAAUUAAAUUGGAGUGUGUCCAUAA